UAUAAACUGUCCAAUCUUUGAGGCCCCACGAGACCCGACUGAUUUGAGUACUUAAAAGCCCCAGCAAUGCAUUUCGGCUGCGAACUCAGGACCUUCUGAUGUUCCCUGUUGAUUCCAGCCUUUCUGCUCUCCCAGAAUGCCCCUGGCAUCCAGCACUGCUGAGCACAGCCCUGAAGAAAUCAUGGACUCUGUGCCCGAAGAGUUCCAGCAGGUCCUUUCUAUCAGCCAGAUCCGUGCCACCCAUGCCACCAAUGACUAUGUGGAGAGACCUGCCUGCAAGCAGGCCACUUCCAUCACUGCUCUGUCCCAGGCACUGCCUGUCCAUAAACUGGAGAUGGCUCAGGAACGCCUGGGGUCCUCUGUCUUCCAGGAACUUCACUCCAGCCAACCACACCAGACGCUACCACCCCAACAGCCCCUGAGCCAUUCCAGCACAGCCAGCUCGAUCUCCCACAGCACCGCCACAUCAGAGCAGCAUCUCCUCAGGGCCCUCACCCCAUCACACUCUGGACACUCACUCAUCCGGACGCAGCCUCGGGCAAGUGACCUGAAGGCAGAAGAGCUGCUGAAGGGGGCCCCAGAGAAGUCACCCGCCCUUCACCCAGGCCACCUCUUCAUCUGUGAAGAAUGCGGGCACUGCAAAUGUGCCCACUGCGCAACUGCCCGCACCUUGCCCUCCUGUUGGCUCUGCAACCAGCGUUGCCUCUGCUCGCCGGAGAACCUCAUUGACUAUGGGACUUGCCUCUGCUGCGUCAAGGGCAUCUUUUACCACUGCUCCUCAGACGACGAGGACACCUGUGCAGACGACCCCUGCUCCUGUGGUCCUGGCUCUUGCUGCACCCGUUGGGUGGCCAUGAGCUUUCUCUCCUUGCUCAUGCCCUGCCUAUGCUGCUAUUUUCCUACCUUUGGUUGCCUCAAACUCUGCCAGCGGGGCUAUGAUGCCGUCAAACGGCCGGGCUGCCGCUGCCAGAACCACACCAAUACUGUUUGCAGGAAGGUCUCCCCACCUAGUGGUCCCUCUCUCCCCAAAACUUUGGACAAACCAGUAUGACUCCUCUGGCGAAGGGGUAGGGAAUGGCUGUUCUCCUUGACCUUCUUCUUUCAGCCCCCCUCUCUUGAACGCCUCCCGCUGGGAACAAAGCAGAGACCCACUUGCUGGUUAGCUGCUGAGGUUCUCCUGGGAGGUUGGCCCUGUUUCUGGAUGGAGGAAGCCACGGGUUGCUGUGUCCAAGCUGAGCUUUUUAGGCCUCGCACAUUUCAGCCAUGGCCAAGGGCAGGUGGAGGCAUGCACUAGUCAUCUUGGACAUCA